AGCAAAACACAUCCUUAUAUUGACCUUCAUAUCACUUUACACUCACUGUUUUGAAUACAACAGGCACCAAAUGAGAAGGAACUGGCUGAUUCUAGUCGAACUCCGAUGUCUCAGACUGGGGCUUGUAUGAGGCGAAGUGGAGGAGAUGCUAUGGCUGUUAAUGACCACUAGAGGCUCUCAGGGCUGGGCAGGGUAUGGGGGCUGUGUAUAUGUGAUCUCCCACUACCCCCCACCUGGCCAGAGCUAAAAUAAUAAAAUGCUGAGCUCACUGUUCCCCCACCCUCUCCCCCGGCACUGGGCUCCUCCUGCUGCUGGGACGGUGCUCUAGUAGAACAGACAGACCUACUGACACAGGGGAGGUGAGAAGGGAGGUGGCCACCAGGACUGGCUCUGUGAGUGCCACACAUUGGGGAGGGGGUGGGGGCCACCAUGUCAUCAUAUCAGAAGGAACUGGAGAAAUACAGAGACAUAGAUGAAGAUGAGAUCCUAAGGACCUUGAGCCCCGAGGAGCUAGAGCAGCUGGACUGCGAGCUACAGGAGAUGGACCCUGAGAACAUGCUCCUGCCAGCUGGACUGAGACAACGUGACCAGACAAAGAAGAGCCCAACGGGGCCACUGGACCGAGAGGCCCUUUUGCAGUACUUGGAGCAGCAGGCACUAGAAGUCAAAGAGCGUGAUGACUUGGUGCCCUUCACAGGCGAGAAGAAGGGGAAACCCUAUAUUCAGCCCAAGAGGGAAAUUCCAGCAGAGGAGCAGAUCACCCUGGAGCCUGAGCUGGAGGAGGCACUGGCACAUGCCACAGAUGCUGAAAUGUGUGACAUCGCAGCAAUUCUGGACAUGUACACACUGAUGAGCAACAAGCAAUACUAUGAUGCCCUCUGCAGCGGAGAAAUCUGCAAUACCGAAGGCAUUAGUAGUGUGGUACAGCCUGACAAGUAUAAGCCAGUGCCGGAUGAACCCCCAAAUCCCACAAACAUUGAGGAGAUACUAAAGAGGGUCCGAAGCAAUGACAAAGAGCUGGAGGAGGUGAACCUGAAUAAUAUACAGGACAUCCCAAUACCCAUGCUAAGUGAGCUGUGUGAGGCAAUGAAGGCAAAUACCUAUGUGCGGAGCUUCAGUCUGGUAGCCACGAGGAGUGGUGACCCCAUCGCCAAUGCAGUGGCUGAUAUGUUGCGUGAGAAUCGUAGCCUCCAGAGCCUAAACAUCGAAUCCAACUUCAUUAGCAGCACAGGACUCAUGGCUGUGCUGAAGGCAGUUCGGGAAAAUGCCACACUCACUGAGCUCCGUGUAGACAAUCAGCGCCAGUGGCCUGGUGAUGCAGUGGAGAUGGAGAUGGCCACCGUGCUAGAGCAGUGUCCCUCUAUUGUCCGCUUUGGCUACCACUUCACGCAGCAGGGGCCACGAGCUCGGGCAGCGCAGGCCAUGACCCGAAACAAUGAACUACGUCGCCAGCAAAAGAAGAGAUAAUACUGCAUUUCCCUUUACCAACUAGAGCUGGGAGCACUAGACACUUAAAUUCUCAUCUGUCCUCCUUUCCUGUAAAUAAAAGCCCUUAUAUCCA